AUGGUAUCCAUGAAGCUCAGCGCGUUUGCGCUCUUUGCCUUGAAAGCUCUCUCUGUCGUCGCUCAGGCUCCCGAGGUCGAGCAGGAAAUUGACGACCCUACCCUGCAGCAAUCUCCCAGAUUGAAUGUCGAGGUCUCUGUUUCUUUCCCCGACUCUGAGAUCUUCGGUGUCAAGCUCGUCAAUGGCCACGCGACCAACGCCGUCUUGUCAAUUGCCAACCAUGAGACAACCCCUGUCCACCUUCGCUACAUUGGCGGCUCUCUCUUGACUCCCUCUGGUGUCCCUGGAGCUCCCGACCCGCCCGUCGCCCUCCGCAACUUGACCGUCAACAAGUACGACCUCCUGAUUCCCGCUGGCGAGAAGGAGACUGCCACCUACAGCUUCGCUACCGAGAUGCACCCCCAGGACUUGACCCUCAACCUGGCCGCUGUUGUUCAGGACGAGCACGGCAUGAUCCACACCUUCCAGGCCUACAACGGCACUGUCUCCGUCGUCGAGGCUCCCAUGAGCUUCUUCGACCCCCAGAUCAUCUUCCUUUACCUCGUCCUCACCGGUGUCUUCGCUGGUACCGUCUACUUCAUCUACAACACCUGGAUCACCACUUUCUUCCCCCAGAAGAAGGGCCGCGGAAAGGGUGGUGAGCGUGCCAAGCGCUCCUCCGGUGGCACCAAGAAGGUCGACCCUGCCGACCAAGUCAGCGUUGUUGGUGCCGACGGUCCUGCUGUCACCAGCGGUGCUAAGGCCUACGACGAGUCCUGGAUUCCCGCCCACCACUUGUCUCGUCCUCAGGCCAAGCGCGUCGCAUCUGGUGCUAAGCCCAGAUCGAGAAGCAGACCCGCCGCAUAGAGUGCGUGUAGACAGAAUUUGAGGAGCUGGGUAUCUGGAAUGAUACUCGGACUCGAACGGAGGUGUAUAUUGCAUACGAAGGUUGUAUUUUAUGACCAAAAGCAUUUGGCGGAUUUCAGGCUAUUGCGAUUGAUUACUGCGAUUCGUUUGCAUACGGAAAGCGAACGAGAAUACAGAUUAGCCCUC